CUCUGCUGCGAUAAGUGGGUAGGUAGGUAGGUAGGUAGUGAUUAGUAGGUACUGUGUACCGAUGUCACCGGGACGGAGGUGCUAGGUACCUGUGUCUAUGCGAUUGCAGUCAUGCAUCCCAUCUGUUUUGCUUCUCCUUGUUUCCUUUCUUUUCUCUUCCCCUCCAAUAUGUCUUCCAUUCACUAUUAUUUUAUUCCUUCACUCACGUCUGGUCAGUGCCAGUAUCAGCAGCAACUGACAGUCUUCAACCACACAGUGGGGCGAUUCAGCAGAGCCAGCGAUCAUCAAGGGCAAUUGCCGGGCGCUCUCCGGUUUCCCGGUUCCUUUCACGGCAUGGCUGAACUGCCCACAUGCAAUAUCCCGAAGAACACAGAGGCAUCCAUCAUGCCAGUGCAUCAGCCGAACUCACGUCAAUGCAGUACAUCUGUCGUCAACAACGCGUUACUCUCGCAAAUCGACUUGAGAAUUCGCAUUCGAUUUUGUCAAUCACGAUACCCCACCAACUUGUCUCUACGCCAUGUACUCCGAGGUACUACCAAACCUCGUUUACUCGUGUGUCCUGCGAGCACAAGUCGCGUACCAUCGCACCACGACCAGCAGGACGAUGCUAUCUAGGCGUCGAUGGGACGUUAAGAAAGUGGGGUGGCUGGGAGUACGAUAAACCCGCCAAGUGCCGUGCGGCUUGAUUUGAUUUUCUGGAAUGACUUCUGAUGAUCGCUGUCGUACUGCGAGUCCUCAGCCUUUUCGUCGACCUCGACCUCGACCUCGAC